CGAGGGACGGCAGCAAUUCAAACACCCUUGCAAUUUGAUGUUUCUUUUGAUUGCUUUAUUCUCGUCCUCUUCCUUGAUUACAUCCAGCAUGAUCUCCUACCGAGGGACGGCAGCAAUUCAAACACCCUUGCAAUACGAUGUUUUUUUUUAUUUCUUUAUUCGCUUCCUCUUCCUUGAUUCCAUCCAGCAUGACCUCCUACCGAGGGACGGCAGCAGCGUAUCGAUGAUGACGAGGAAAUGGUAAGAAGAUCCAUGGGCAGACUACCUUUUUAAACCUCCAUCCUCAUGAUUCAGCAUCCCAGACGCAUUGAUGAGGGUGAAUUAUGGCAUGUUAGUUGCUAGCCUUUUCUCUGCCAACUAAACAGCUUCUAAUACAAGGUGCUGAUUGGAAUAAGCUGCUCUGGUGGUUGGCUUUGCCGGCGAGAGACCGGGCGUGUUCAUUUUAUCUCCUUCAGGCUACCAUGGGGACGACCCUGCGGUUCUUGCUGUUGCUCAUGUGGCUAUCAGGUCUUCAACUUUGUUCAUGCGACACCGAUCCACAAGAUGCUGCUGCACUGCGAUCGCUGAUGAAUCAAUGGCAGGCUGCGCCACCAAGCUGGGGGCAGUCAGAUGAUCCCUGUGGGAUGCCCUGGAAUGGAGUUAUCUGCAGCAAAUCCAGGGUGACAAUACUGAGACUAUCAACAAUGGGCAUCAAGGGAACAUUAAGUGGUGACAUAGGUCAACUCACCAAAUUGCAAUCCUUGGACCUGUCCUACAACAGUGAUCUUGGCGGUCCACUCACUCCAAAUAUUGGGAACUUGAAGGAGCUCACCACCCUAAUCUUGGUUGGUUGCAACUUUAGCGGUACCAUUCCAUCAGAAUUAGGCAAUUUAGCAGAACUCUCAUUCUUGGAUCUGAACUCAAAUCAGUUCACUGGAAACAUACCUGCCUCGCUUGGGAACCUCUCCAAUCUCUACUGGCUGGACCUGGCAAACAAUAAGUUGACUGGGAUGCUCCCCAUUUCAAAAGGAACAACCCCUGGUUUGGACCUGCUAAUCAAUACGAAGCAUUUCCAUUUCAACAAAAACCAGCUAUCAGGUCAAAUUCCAGAACAACUGUUCAGCUCUCAAAUGACACUGAUACACAUACUCUUUGAUGCAAAUCAAUUUACUGGGCCAAUUCCGGAGUCCUUAGGACUCGUGAAAUCGCUCGAGGUUCUUCGUCUUGAUCGGAAUUUCCUGUCGGGUUCAGUUCCUUCCAAUAUUAACAAUCUUACAAACAUCAAUGAAUUGAGUCUAGCAAACAAUAAGCUGGAUGGGUCAAUGCCAGAUCUGACUGGAAUGAACAACCUAAAUUAUGUGGAUUUAAGCAACAACACUUUUGAACCUUCAGAAGUUCCAGCCUGGUUUUCAACAAUACAAUCUCUCACGGCCCUAGUCGUAGAAUCUGGAGGUCUUUCUGGGCAAAUCCCAGAGAAGCUAUUCAGCCAUCCUCAACUGCAGCAAGUGAUACUGAAAAACAAUGAACUCAAUGGCACCCUUGAUAUGGGAAGCAGCAUCAGCUCCCAGUUACAGAUUGUAGAUUUCCAAAACAAUUCUAUUGCUUCGUUCAUACUGACUUCCAAGUACAACAAUACUGUAAUGUGA